AUGUCCAGCUUAGAAUUAAUCAUGGACAAUGAUCAUGCGGAAGAGGUAGCGGUAUCCCAUGUCUCCUAUAGCAAACCAAGCACACCCAUUCCCUCUUUGAUGGCGUCGCUGAACGAGGAAAACACACCAGUACCGUUAAUGUCUUCGCCAAACAAGAACUUUCAAACUCCAUUGCGAUAUGUUUCAACUCCGGAUCUCUUAGCUUCCAAUUAUUCGCUUUCAGAUCUGAGCCACAACUUGCCAACCCCAAUUGUCAACAAUGAAUUGAUCACUAUCAGGCAACAAAAUGAAUCAGAAAUUCUUUAUACUUAUGAUCUUUUGCGCCGACCAGCUGCUAAUGCGGGUAGUUCUUCCCUGAAUGAAAUGUCUGGUAACAUUCCGAAAUCUGUCAGCAACGGCGUUGUCUCAGUAAGGGACAUCUUCAAUAUUUCUGACAACACGGACGAAGAUAUUCAUCAAUACAGAUUAAACAACCCAUUGAUGAGCCAAUUUUCGUUUCAUAAUUUUAGCAUGAACUCUGGGCUUAUGAUAGACGAUAGAAUGACUGGGUCUUUCAGUGAGCCAGAUACAAGUGAUGACGAUGAACAACUGUUCACACCGCCUCUCGAUAACUCUGAAAUAGCUUUCUUUCCUUGUACUGCUACUUCUUCCCAAAUUGAGCAAACUGACAGAAAGAACAUAUUUGCCGUCAAACGUCCCUUUUCAGAAGCCCAUAUAAAUCUCCUCGGAAAAAGCAAAAAGUCCAAGGUAUCCGCCGGUGCCAAACCACACUGUUCAAUUUCUAGCACUUCCAAUGAGGAAACUAAGUUGGAAUCAGGACUCCAAACUCCUAAUCCAACGCAGUCAUCUUCUACCUUCAAAUUCAAAGUAAAGCCUGUUUGCAUUACGCCUAAGUCUGUCAAUUAUCCAAGCGCCCCAAAGACCCAUGUUAAGAAAAUCAGUAAGUGGAUUGGAAUUUCAAAACUUACUGAUGAAAGAGUUCAAAGAAUUUAUACCCUUGCAACUUCGAGAAAGCUCAAAUUCAAGGAUAUCCAGAAGUCAUUAAGCGUUUUUACCAUAGACAAUAUUCAAGCCAAAGUGGAUAUCAUUGGAAACCUAUUAAUUAACCGAAGAAACGGGAUUAGAGAUCAUCCACACCCUAUUCUUGUAAAAGACAAGAACGCUGAACAAUACGAGGUCAAUGUUAGAACAUCAUGCGGUGAUGAUAAGGACGAUAGCUUGCAAAUUCUAAUUGACGCAUGCUCCGGAAAUCCUUCCAAUUCGAGUUUGCUACAUACGCCAUCGUCACCGGAAACGUCUUCAUCGACUUACUGUCUCACGUCUUCUUUGAGCACCUUGGCUUCGUCUCCACUUAGUUCCAAUCUUAGGACAAAGGCAGGGCAUAUCAAGAGGCCCUUGAACAGUUUCAUGCUAUACAGAGGUAUUUUGCUGAAGCUAGGAAUCGUGCUAAAUGUUGUUAAGAGCAUUGAGAAUUCAAUUGACCUGAAUAACCCUUCAGUGUUGAGAAAGCUCCAUGACAAUGAUCCUUCUCUGGUUAGUCAAAUCCUGAAACUGAUUCCCACUGUCGUGAAAACCAAUCACCAAGUACUGGGGCAAGCCAUUUCCAUGUUGUGGGUUACAGAAUCGAGCCAAGUCAAAGAACAGUUUGGUAAGUUCAGUCAAGUUGAGAAGCGUCUUCACAAACUCUGCUACCCAAAUUACAAGUUUAACCCACAUCGCAGUGGAUCUUCCAAAGGAAGAAAAACCUAA